AUGGCACCUAAGUUCCUUUGCAUCCUGAUCUUGGGCCUUGUUGCCCUGCAGACGGUCUCUGCCGCUUUCAACGGUCUCUAUGGCGUUGGAGCCCUGAACGGCCUCGGUCUCAACUACGGCGGUCUUUACGGUAAAGGCUACGGUGGUCUAUACGGUGGUUACGGCUACGGCGGCCUUGGCGGCUACGGCGGCUACGGUGGUUAUGGUCUCCUUGGCGGCCUCGGUGGUAAAUACGGUGGAUAUGGUGUCUAUGGCGGCUACGGCGGCAAACUCGGCUACGGCUACGGCGGCAAGCUCGGCUAA